GUUAAGAUGUGAAAGUGCCUUUCUCUAUAUAAGAACGGUGCGUUCCGAGGUGUGAAGUGGGAGAGAAGGGAUUUCAUAAUUGGAUUGGGGUUUUGAAUAAGACGACCUUUUCAUUUUCAAUUUUUUUUUCAUAUUGAAAAAGUAAUAAGAAUGAGAGGUGUUAAGCUUUUUUUCAUCCUAGCGUCGAAUGGCGAGUGCCUGAUCGAAUUGAUCGGGUCAUGUAGGAACAAGGUUCAAGUCUACCGGUCUGUUAGGAUGCCUCAGCUACAUACAUCACUGCACUUUCACUUGACACCUAUCGUAAUGAUCAACGGCUCGUCUCACCGUGACCUUCUCUUGAAUUCUCAAAACUUUUGUCGCUCCACCCUCGCAGAGGCAGAAGACCCAUCGUUGUCUUGGCUAUGCUACCAGAGGCUUUGGGGAAGUCGAAAUAGGAGAGCACUCAUCUUGGGGUGGGCUUACUACUUAGAUGCUUUCAGCAGUUAUCCGCUCCGCACUUGGCUACCCAGCGUUUACCGUGGGCACGAUAACUGGUACACCAGAGGUGCGUCCUUCCCGGUCCUCUCCUCACGUACCGCUUUAAUGGGCGAACAGCCCAACCCUUGGAACAUACUACAGCCCCAGGUGGCGAAGAGCCGACAUCGAGGUGCCAAACCUUCCCGUCGAUGUGACAACGACCCUUCCACUCGGCACUGUCGGAUCACUAAGGCCAACUUUCGUCCCUGCUCGACGGUUGGGUCUUGCAGUCAAGCUCCCAUUUGCCUUUGCACUCGAAGGCCAAUCUCCGUCUGGCCCAAGGAAACCUUUGCACGCCUCCUUUACCUUUUGGGAGGCCUACGCCCCAUAGAAAAAUAUGUGUAG